AUGGUUAAAGCGGCUGUUCUCGGCGCAUCGGGUGGCAUUGGCCAGCCCUUGUCUCUCCUGUUGAAGACUUCUCCGCUGGUUGACGAACUCGCCCUGUACGAUGUUGUUAACACUCCGGGUGUCGCUGCCGAUUUGUCCCACAUCUCUUCUGUUGCUAAAAUCACUGGCUAUUUGCCGAAGGAUGAUGGCCUGAAGCAUGCCCUGACUGGAGCUGAUAUCGUUGUCAUCCCCGCUGGAAUUCCACGCAAGCCUGGAAUGACCCGCGAUGAUCUUUUCAAGAUCAACGCUGGCAUUGUGCGCGACCUGGUCAAGGGCAUUGCCGAGUUUUCCCCCAAGGCGUUCGUUCUGAUCAUCUCUAACCCCGUCAACUCAACGGUUCCCAUUGCCGCAGAGGUGCUCAAGGCCGCUGGCGUCUUUGACCCUAAACGCCUCUUCGGCGUGACUACCCUGGAUGUUGUACGCGCGGAGACUUUUACCCAAGAAUUCUCAGGCCACAAGAACCCAUCUGCUGUUAAGAUCCCCGUUGUGGGUGGCCACUCUGGUGAAACCAUUGUCCCACUGUUCAGCAAGGCUACGCCCGCCUUCCAGAUCCCAUCAGACAAGUAUGAUGCCCUGGUUAAUCGUGUUCAAUUUGGUGGAGAUGAGGUUGUCAAGGCUAAGGAUGGCGCUGGAUCUGCGACUCUAUCUAUGGCUUUUGCUGGUUUCAGAUUUGCCGAGAGUGUGAUAAAGGCUUCCCAGGGCCAGACGGACAUUGUCGAGCCCACAUUUGUGUAUUUGCCUGGAGUUCCCGGUGGUGACGAGAUUGUCAAGGCUACGGGCGUCGAGUUUUUCUCUACUCUUGUGGCUCUUGGGGCGAAUGGAGCAGAGAAGGCUAUUAAUGUCUUGGAGGGCAUCACCGACCAAGAGAAGAAGCUUCUUGAGGCUUGCAACAAGGGCCUGAAAGGCAACAUCGAAAAAGGCAUCGACUUCAUCCAGAAUCCUCCACCAAAGUAA